UCUUCACAUAACUGUCUUACGUCUCUUCAUCCAUUCAGUUUACUUCCAAAUUCUGUGAAUGGGAGCCACUAUUCUGCCAGAUCUCGGAGCCGAGAUUCUGAUUCCGCUUUGUGCGGUUGUUGGAAUCGGCUUCUCUUUGCUUCAGUGGUUGCUUGUUUCAAAAGUCCAGUUGUCUCCUUCACGAUCAUCGGCUAACAGUGGAGCUGCAGCCGCUGACAAAAACGGUUACUCUGACUAUCUCAUCGAAGAAGAAGAAGGCAUUAAUGGCCAUAACGUCGUCCUUAAAUGUGCCGAAAUUCAAAGCGCCAUUUCCGAAGGGGCAACUUCAUUCCUUUUCACUGAAUAUCAGUAUGUUGGUGUUUUCAUGGUUGUGUUUGCAAUCUUGAUUUUUGUUUUCCUGGGCUCCGUUGAGGGUUUUAGCAUGAAGGGCCAGCCUUGCACAUAUGACUCAUCCAAGAUGUGUAAGCCUGCUCUUGCCACUGCUGCCUUCAGCACUAUAUCUUUCUUGCUAGGCGCUGUAACUUCAGUGAUUUCUGGUUUCCUUGGGAUGAAAAUUGCUACCUAUGCAAAUGCAAGAACCACCUUGGAGGCAAGGAAGGGAGUUGGGAAGGCUUUUAUCACUGCAUUUAGAUCUGGUGCUGUUAUGGGUUUUCUCCUUGCUGCAAAUGGUCUUUUGGUCCUUUUCAUUGCCAUUAACCUAUUCAAGCAAUAUUAUGGUGAUGACUGGGCUGGUCUUUUUGAGGCUAUAACUGGUUAUGGCCUUGGAGGCUCUUCCAUGGCUCUCUUUGGUAGAGUUGGUGGAGGUAUCUACACUAAAGCUGCUGAUGUUGGUGCUGAUCUUGUUGGCAAGGUUGAGAGGAACAUUCCAGAGGAUGAUCCGAGAAAUCCGGCUGUGAUUGCAGACAAUGUUGGUGAUAAUGUUGGGGACAUAGCUGGUAUGGGAUCCGAUCUUUUUGGCUCAUAUGCAGAGUCAUCUUGUGCUGCCCUAGUGGUUGCAUCAAUAUCUUCCUUUGGAAUCAAUCAUGAGUUAACAGCAAUGUUGUUUCCUCUCAUUGUUAGCUCAGUGGGUAUCAUUGUUUGUUUACUCACCACCUUAUUUGCUACCACUAGUGCCUUUGAGAUCAGGACUGUAAAAGAAAUUGAGCCGGCCUUGAAGAGGCAACUCAUCAUCUCCACUGUUUUAAUGACUAUUGGAAUUGCAAUUGUUUGUUGGAUAGCUGUUCCUUCUUCCUUCACAAUCUUCAAUUUUGGAACCCAGAAAGUUGUUAAAAACUGGCAACUGUUUUUGUGUGUUGCUGUUGGUCUCUGGGCUGGGCUUGUUAUUGGAUUUGUAACUGAGUACUAUACAAGCAAUGCAUACAGCCCUGUGCAAGAUGUUGCCGAUUCCUGCCGAACUGGAGCUGCUACUAAUGUUAUUUUUGGCCUUGCAUUGGGCUACAAAUCUUGUAUUAUUCCUAUCUUUGCUAUUGCAAUCAGCAUUUUUGUUAGCUUCAGUUUUGCUGCGAUGUAUGGUAUUGCUGUUGCUGCCCUUGGAAUGCUGAGCACUAUAGCUACUGGAUUGGCUAUUGAUGCAUAUGGUCCUAUCAGUGACAACGCUGGAGGCAUUGCUGAGAUGGCAGGCAUGAGUCACAGAAUCCGAGACAGAACAGAUGCUCUUGAUGCUGCAGGAAACACCACUGCUGCUAUUGGGAAGGGGUUUGCUAUUGGUUCUGCAGCUCUUGUGUCUCUAGCGCUCUUUGGUGCCUUUGUGAGCCGUGCAUCUAUUUCAACAGUUGAUGUUUUGACUCCAAAAGUGUUCAUUGGUUUGCUUGUUGGUGCUAUGCUUCCUUACUGGUUCUCUGCCAUGACAAUGAAGAGUGUGGGAAGUGCAGCUCUAAAAAUGGUUGAGGAAGUGCGCAGGCAAUUCAAUACCAUCCCUGGUCUCAUGGAGGGCACUACCAAACCCGAUUAUGCCACCUGUGUUAAGAUUUCCACUGAUGCAUCCAUCAAAGCGAUGAUCCCACCUGGUGCCCUUGUCAUGCUCACACCCCUCAUUGUUGGGAUCUUCUUUGGUGUUGAAACUCUUUCUGGUGUCCUUGCUGGUUCUCUUGUUUCAGGUGUUCAGAUUGCUAUCUCUGCAUCCAACACGGGUGGUGCUUGGGAUAAUGCAAAGAAAUACAUUGAGGCUGGUGCUUCAGAGCAUGCUAAAACUCUUGGUCCUAAAGGAUCAGACCCACACAAGGCAGCCGUUAUCGGAGACACAAUUGGAGAUCCUUUGAAGGACACAUCUGGACCGUCUCUUAACAUCUUAAUCAAGCUAAUGGCUGUUGAAUCACUUGUUUUUGCUCCAUUCUUUGCCACACACGGUGGCCUGCUCUUCAAGCUGUGGAACAUACCAAACAAUCUCGAUUCUACUACAAACAAUCUCGAUUCUUCACCCACCACAAUGAUUUCUUUAUACCCCCACCACCACAACUGCCUUUCCAAACCCUUUCUUCAUUCUCUCUUUUCGCUUCCGCCGCUCCGAUCCCUAUCUUUACACCCCGCCACCUCACUCUCUACACCCCUCCGCUUUCAAUCCUUCUCCCUCUCCCUCUCCGCCGCCGCCACUCCCCAGCAUGAACCCACUAACCCCACACAAUUACCCUCCUCUGAUUACUGUCUCAAAAUCGCCAUCAUUGGCUUCGGCAACUUCGGUCAAUUCCUCGCCAAAACCCUCGUCUCUCAAGGCCACACCGUCCUCGCCCAUUCCCGAUCCAACCAUUCUAACACUGCCAAGAAACUCGGAGUCUUUUUCUUUCAGGAUCCACAUGACCUCUGUGAAGAACACCCAGAAGUUAUUUUACUCUGCACUUCGAUAAUUUCCACGGAACAAGUUCUUUAUUCCUUACCACUGCAACGUUUAAAGCGAAACACAUUGUUUGUGGACGUUCUUUCCGUCAAAGAGUUUCCUAAGAAUCUUUUACUCGAUGUUUUGCCUCCUGAUUUUGACAUACUCUGUACUCAUCCCAUGUUUGGUCCUCAAAGUGCUAAAAGAAGCUGGAAAGGUCUCAACUUUGUGUACGAUAAGGUGAGGAUUGGAGAGGAAGAGUCGAGGGUGUCACGCUGUGACAAGUUUUUAGAUGUGUUCGCGAGAGAAGGGUGUGUAAUGGUGGAGAUGAGUUGUUCAGAGCAUGAUCUUUUUGCAGCUGGGUCACAGUUUAUGACCCAUACAGUGGGGCGAGUGUUGGGGAUGUUGGAAUUGGAGUCUACGCCGAUUAAUACGAAGGGUUAUGAGGCAUUGUUGGAUUUGGUGGAGAAUACGUUUGAGGAUAGUUUUGAUUUGUACUAUGGUUUGUUUAUGUAUAACAAAAGUGCGCUUGAGAAUUUGGAGCGGCUUGAUUUGGGAUUUGAAGCGUUGAAGAAGCAGUUGUUUGGCAGUUUGCAUGAUGUUGUGAGGAAGCAAUUGUUUGAUAAUGGAAAGAGAAAGCUUGAGAUUUUGCAAGAGAGUUCGGGAAAUGGGAAAGCAUUGGGAGUUGAUAAAGCUCAUGUGAGGUCAGAAGGAGCUCUUCAAUCACAUGGAUACAAAACACAGACUCUUGACGGUACAAAUGACUGCACAAAGCUAAAGAUAGCUAUUGUUGGCUUUGGAAACUUCGGUCAGUUCCUUGCUAAAGCAAUGAUACGUCAGGGUCACACAGUUCUGGCCUACUCUCGAACAGAUUACUCUGAUGUGGCUCGAGGAAUGGGAGUUUCUUACUUCUCUGAUGCAGAUGAUCUUUGUGAAGAGCAUCCAGAAGUAAUUCUUUUUUGUACAUCAAUUCUGUCAACAGAAAAAGUUCUAAGGUCACUGCCACUUCAGAGAUUGAAGAGAAGUACUCUGUUUGUUGAUGUACUCUCUGUAAAAGAAUUCCCAAGGAAUUUGUUUUUAAAAUAUUUGCCAUCAUAUUUUGAUAUUCUUUGCACACAUCCUAUGUUUGGUCCUGAGAGUGGAAAGAAUGGGUGGAAUGGUCUUGCAUUUGUUUUUGAUAGGGUCAGGGUUGGAAUUGAUGAAGCAAGAGUAUCAAGAUGUGAUGCAUUUCUUGAUAUAUUUGUACAAGAAGGAUGCCGAAUGGUGGAGAUGUCUUGUACAGAACAUGAUUGGCAUGCGGCAGGAUCGCAAUUCAUCACACACACAGUUGGAAGGAUUUUGGAGAAGUUGGGGUUAGAGUCUACACCAAUCAACACUAAAGGCUAUGAGACUUUGUUGAAAUUGGUGGAGAAUACAGCUGGGGAUAGCUUCGAUCUUUAUUAUGGUUUGUUCAUGUACAAUGUAAAUGCAAUGGAGCAGCUAGAGAGGUUGGAUUUGUCUUUUGAAUCAUUGAAGAAGCAGCUUCUUGGUAGAGUGCAUAGGGUUCUUCGGAAGCAACUUUUUGAGAAUGCGGAGACGUUACCUGAUAUGAGGGAGAAGCCGACUGCGCCUAAGCUUUCUCAAAAUGGUACUGCAGAUGAAUGUUCCUUGGAGACUGUUAAUGCACAAAAUGAUUAAGCUGGACGCUACUGCAAGUUUGCUAAUCCAUGCACUGCACUAACUUCUGAGAUGCUCAAGGAUGGUAAUUGAGGCACAAUCAGCAGUGGAUACAGUUUCGUUUUGAAGGGAUUUGAUUCAAGUUGAAUAUUUUCCAAAGAAAAGAUGAAGGCUGGAGAAGAGAGUGGCUUCAAAUUGUUUGAGAAAAGGCACAAUGGUCUGAUUUCUUACAAGGUAUUUGUACAAAAUGACAAAUGGUACUUGGUAUAUUUAGAAGCUUUGUUCAGUUUACUACGUGGGAGAAACAUCUGAUUUUUCUCCUUUUCUGCUUCUGAGGAGUUUCAGUUGUUUUGCUUCUGACAAUCAAUAAGUUAGGUGUUUGUUGUAUUUCUUAUUCUAGUAGCAAUCAGAGCUUCCUUUGAUGUUUA